AUGAUAGCAAGUUAAGAAGCAAAAAUAUUGAGCAGGAAUGAAUAUUCAUUCAUGGCGUUUAGCUGAACCGUAAUUCCGCCUCUUCAGUUUUCACGUGCCCCAAUCUUUAACACUAUCUCCCUUUUCCUCUCUCUAGAAAUCAAAACUAGAAAUCAAUGCACACCAAAAUUGUCAAAAUUCAAGCUGUCUAUUUCACCGCUGCUGCUGCUGCUGCACAACUACCUAAACAACACAAGAAAACCAAUAAGAAAUUCAGAUACCCAAUCCAUCUCUUUGUCGUUUUCCUUUUCCCUCCCAAUUCUGAAUUCUCCCACUCUUCACCACCCACCACCAAGCAAGUUCCACAACUUCCUUUCUUCGAAUUCAGUCGAUUUCAAUAUUGGAAAGAGGAAAAAGGGAUGAGGGGUUUGGAGAUGGGUGCUGGGUUGAUGAAUGUGGCCGCUUACGCUACUUCCACCAAGCAGUUAGGGUGGCUCUCCUCGGUUUUGGCUGGUAUUUUGAUGUGCAAAGUUGUAUACGACUUAACAGGCAUAAUUAGUGCGUCAUUAGUGAAGGAGUACAGAAGACUUAACAGGAAACAGAAACUAGAAUGGAACAACAGGGGGUUCUCCACUUUCCAUGCCAUCGCUGCAGCAGCUUGCGCUCUGUAUCUCCUGCUCAUCUCUGAUCUUUUUUAUGAUUCUCGAGAUCAGUUGGUCAUCAAUAGGUCAUCAAGUUUAUCGAACACUACAUUCGGGGUCUCAAUUGGGUACUUUUUAUCAGACUUGGCAAUGAUAUUAUAUCAAUAUCCUGCCUUAGGUGGAGUGGAGUAUGUCAUGCAUCACGGACUCUCCAUGUUUGCAAUUAUUCAAUCACUUUUCAGCGGUCAAGCGCAAAUUUACAUACUAAUGGUUCUUUUCACUGAAAUCACAACCCCGUUUGUUAAUCUAAGAUGGUAUCUUGAUGUUGCUGGCAUGAAGAAUUCCAAACUUUAUAUUUACAAUGGUGUUGCUCUGUUCUUGGGUUGGUUGGUUGCAAGGAUUGUGUUAUUUGUUUUCUUCUUUUACCACAUGUACAUCCAUUUUGAUCAGGUGAAGUUAGUGUACCCACUAGGAUUUUAUAGCUUGCUCACAGUAUCCCCUGUGUUGGCGAUGAUGAACGCAUUCUGGUUUUGGAAAAUUGCGAGAGGUAUGGUGAGAACGUUGAGCAAGGCUAGACACAGUCAAUAGUUUUUUACAUCAACUCUCAUCAGGCAUGUCAAUAUCAAUUCUUAUCAACUCUCAACCAAAAUCUACACCUUUUAAUAUCUUCUUCUGUAAUGCAUUUAACCUCUGAUUCUUUAUACCUGUGGGGUUUUUGAUCUUGGAUGACCUUUUA